AUGGAAAAUCCUGAGAUCUUCCAAGCAUCAUCCGCCAAUGCCACCCACCACCACCACCACCACCACCACCUCCACCACCAAUUCACGCCGGAAAAAUCCAAAACUGACCAUUUCCUCAUUGAAGACCUUCUGGAUUUCCCCACCGACGAAAUGGGCCCUGCCGUCGAUCCCACUCCCUAUGUUGGUGAAAACGUCGUUCCUGGUGGUGGUUCCACAGAUUCCUCCACCCUCAUCGACAGUUGUAACUCCUCCCUCUGUGGUGGCGUCGACCAUAACUUUCCCGCUGAUUUCGGUCGCCGGAGCUUUUCCGAUACUCAAUUCUCCAAUGACCUGUGUGUCCCGUAUGAUGAUUUAGCCGAGUUAGAAUGGUUAUCGAACGUAGUGGAGGAAUCGUUUUCUUGUGAGGACCUGCAGAAACUCCAACUCAUAUCGGGAAUCAAGGCCCGACCUAACUAUGCAUCCAACAACCAAGAAUUCCAAGCGGAAGCCGCCAAUCGGGCCAAUAAUGCAAUCUUCAACAGCGACAUGUCGGUCCCAGGGAAGGCCCGCACCAAGCGAUCCCGAGCCGCACCAUGUAAUUGGACCUCUCGCCUCCUUGUUGUUUCUCCCACGGCCACAGGUCCCACUGUUACAAUGUCGUCGGAGUCCGAGUCCGAUAUCGCUUCGAGCUCGAUCGGAAAGAAAACCGUGAAAGCGCCACCAAAGAAAAAGGAAGUUUACGACAACCCGUCUCAUAAUGGAGAUGGGAGAAAGUGCCUGCAUUGUGCCACUGAUAAGACCCCACAAUGGCGUUCCGGACCCAUGGGCCCCAAAACGCUUUGUAACGCUUGUGGGGUGCGUUACAAGUCGGGUCGGUUAGUACCCGAGUACCGUCCUGCUGCAAGUCCAACGUUCGUCCUUACCAAGCACUCAAAUUCCCAUCGGAAGGUGCUUGAGCUAAGACGACAGAAAGAAAUGCAAAAGGCACAACAACAACAACAACAACAAUACCUGCAUCAUCAACACAUGAUGUUCGACGUACCAAAUAACGACGAUUACUUGAUCCACCAACACAUCGGUCCCGACUAUCGACAACUCAUCUGA